GUCGAAAAAAUGGCAUGUCAGCUGUGAUGCCAUUGAUGUUGUGAAGAACGCAAGUUGUGACAGCCCCACUUGCAGCAACGAAAGGCAAGGGCCUGCAGGGCUCUCAAGCCCCGCCAUGCCUGGUGCCGCCGCUGCAGGGCGGUCGGGCAGGAGCUUCCCCGCGACACCAAGCCGUGCCCCGAUACGGCAGAAUUUUGAGGGCGCCACGAGCUUCACGUCGGCUUCAAGAUUCGCGAUCGCAACUUGCUCCCUCCCGGACAAGCAUAGCCAGGCAUAUACGCCAUCAUGUCUGCACAGGGAAAGCAGCCGGCUUCUGUUAGCGAUGGAACAGUGACGAACCCUCGCGGCAUUCCCCAAGCGCCUUUUGUCGACAAGGUCGAAGACUAUGUCUCCUCACGCCAGGAGGUCGAGGCGACCCUGCGCAACUUUCAGGAGAUGAUCUCAAAAUAUCAGUUCAUGGAGUUGAACCUCCAGAAACGGAUAGCGGGGCUCAAGGACAAGAUUCCAGACAUACAAAAGACGUUGGACACUGUCAAGUUCCUCAAGACUCGAACAGACGAAUCUGAUCCGAUAGAAACAACAUUCGAGCUUAACGAGACAUUAUACGCGAAGGCCUCGGUGCCUGCGACAGAGGAGGUUUAUUUGUGGCUCGGCGCCAAUGUCAUGCUGUCAUACCCUGUCGAUGAGGCAGAAGAGCUAUUGACCACGAAGCUGGCUACAGCACGAAAGAGUCACUCAAAUUGUGAGGAGGACUUAGAAUUCCUUCGAGAGCAGAUCACAACGAUGGAAGUUGCCAUCGCGAGAGUCUAUAACUGGGACGUCGUGCAACGGCGGAAGGAACGGGCUGAGGAGGAGACCAAGGAAAAAGAAGAAAACGCAGAGGCGUCAAAAGCAAAGAAGUGAUGCGCAAUAGCCACAAGCUAGCAGCAACUGGGCCCCUAAUGCUUCGGACCCUGCGAGCAACGCUUCAACCAAACUCCAGGUGUGACCAUGUCCGUCCAAGAUGUUUAUAGAGAUAUGAACUAUCAACCAUAAGCUGGAACGAUUGACGACGGCAUCCAAGCAGGGUGGCUUGUCAGUCGCAAGCUCAAGUUACAAGCGGGC